CCCAUUGGAGCUGUGGACAUACAAUGUUUUUUUUUUAUAUUUUGUCUUAAUAUCCUUGGCAUUUAGCAGUUCUUAAGUGAACUUCUUGAUUAUCUGACUUCUAAACUAUAGUACUGUAUAAACAGUCACAGUCUAUAAAUUAAACCGUUCAUCCAAACUCCCAUGCACGGAAUACGAUUUGCAGAACAUAUUUGUUUGACAGACCAUGUGAUAAGACUAACAUUAUAAUGGCCUCAACAUUUUGUGAGAUUGAGUUUGACGAGCUGCUAUUCCUUGAAAAAUGUGGUGGGGGAACAUUCGGCAGCGUAUAUCGGGCCAUCUGGAAACCAUAUGAGAUGGAAGUGGCAGUAAAGAAACUACUGGUCCUUGAUAAGGAGGCCCAGGUGUUGAGUAUGCUCUCUCACCGUAACAUAAUCAAGUUUUAUGGUGCUGUCACUGAGGAGCCAAAUUACUGUCUGGUUACUGAGUAUGCCAGCAAUGAUUCCCUGUAUGCCUUCCUGCAGAACCCAGAGAACAAGCUAGACUUUGACCAGAUACUCAGAUGGGGAAAGGAGAUAGCUCUUGGUAUGAACUACCUCCACAGAGAGGCUCCUAUCAAAGUCAUACACAGGGAUCUGAAAUCUAAAAAUGUUGUUAUAUCCUUUGAUUUUGUGUCUAAAAUCUGCGACUUUGGAGCAUCCAAGUUUGUUGGAAGUACAGCCAAGAUGUCUCUGGCCGGAACCUUCCCAUGGAUGGCACCUGAGGUGAUACAGAGUCAACCAGUGUCAGAGACCUGUGAUACCUGGUCAUAUGGAGUGGUACUGUGGGAGUUACUGACCCAUGAGGUGCCAUUCAAUGGUAUAGAGGGCUUCCAGGUUGCCUGGUUGGUGGUGGAGAGAGGAGAGCGCCUAACCAUCCCGAGCUCAUGCCCGCCAUGUUUUGCGAAGAUCAUGCACCAGUGUUGGGAGCUGGAGCCCAAACGACGGCCAUCCUUUAGGCAGAUUCUCAACAAACUGGAUGUAAUACUGGAGGAUGAUUCAAUGCAUGAUGUGACCAACACUUUUCUCGAGGAUAAAAGCUUAUGGCAGUAA